CUCAAUAGCAUUCGCUAACGAUCGUCCAAAAUAAAUAAAUAAAUAAAUAAAUAAAUAAAUAAAAUACGCAGAGAAGGAAAACUGCCAGGAUAGAUCACUCUCUCCACAAAAUCGAGUUUCAGCAUGACUGCCAAACCUCAUCCACCGCUGAUGAAGAAGCACAGCCAGACUGAUCUAGUUAGCCGACUGAAGACCCGCAAGAUACUAGGAGUUGGUGGAGAGGAUGACGAUGGGGAGGUGCACAGGUCAAAGAUCAGUCAAAUGCUGGGGAAUGAGAUCAAAUUUGCCAUGCGUGAGCCUGUGGGUUUGAGGAUUUGGAUCCUUUUCUCUGCUGUGGUCUUCACUCUGAUGGCCUUAAUGGCCUUGGCCUUCCCUAACCAGAUGUAUGAGGUUGUAUUUGACCAGGAGCAAACUGCCAUCAGUAUCUCCAUACGUCUUUAUGGUGGGGCAUUACUGAGUCUUUCUGUUAUCAUGUGGAAUGGUCUCUACACUGCUGAGAAAGUCAUUAUCCAAUGGACACUGCUCAGUGAAGCAUGCUACUUUGCAAUCCAGUUUAUAGUAACCUCAGUCACCCUUGUGGAGUUGGGUUUGCUAUCAAAUCCUGCCAUCCUCCUCCUCCUCAGUCACAUACUGUUUCUCAUCAUCACCCUGUUCUACUACUACCACCUUGGCCGUCGGCCCAAAAAGAUCUGAAGGUCCCAUCCUUAAAGGAGUGGUGGACCUGUGUGGAGAAACCUCAUUCGAGUUUUAGUGGGAAGGUUUAACAGUGAUAUGAUCAACUUUAUCAACAUAUUAUGGCAUGGAUCUGGCCCAUUUUUCACAUUUUUUUCCCAUCUGUUCUGGCCAGUGGGAAUGGAAGGUGUGGGGCACAUCAAUGAUUCAAAUCUGAAUCCAUCCACUGGGUUUCACCUUUGUGCUGCUAAAUGUAUGCUUUCAUCACAUAUACACAUCAAAUGGAAAUGUGGCUUUGGUAUGCAUCCUUUGUACAUAUUUGAUUGGGGAAUAAUUACAAGGUUAUAAAGUAAAUAAUUUAUUUCCUGCUCUGUGCAGCCACCAUGUAGCCUUCCAGAAUCAUAGUUAGUGUACACCAUAGCUGAGCCUGAUAUACUGGCGUUAUUGUCUAUAGUAAUGGAAUAAACACACACCAGUCACUUUAUUAGCUACACUUGUUCAAAGGCUCAUAAACACAAAUAUCUAAUCAGCCAACCACAUGGCAGCAAUUUAUACAUUUAAGCAUGUAGACAUGGUCAAGAUGACUUGCUGAAAUUCAAAGCGAACAUCAAAAUGGGGGAUAAUGGUGAUUUGAGUGACUUUGAAUGGUUGUUGCUGCUAGAUGGACUGGUCUUAGUAUUUCAGAAACUGUUGAUCUACUGGGAUGCUCAUGCCCAACCAUCUCUAGGGUUUACAGAGAAUGGUCUGAAAAAGAGAAAAUAUUCAUUGAGUGGAAGUUCUCUGGGCAAAAAUGCCUAGUUAAUGCCAGAGAAAAAUAGCAAGACUGGUUUGAGCUAAUAGAAAGGCAACAGUAGCUCAAAUAACUAAUCAUUACAACCAACAUGCACAAGAGCAUCUCUGAAUGCAAAUGUCGAAUCUUAAAGUAUUAUGGACUACAGCAGCAGACCAAUCCUGUUGGCUAGGAACAGGCAACUGAGGCUACAAUUUGCACAGGUUCACCAAAAUUGGUCAAUAGAAGUUCGGAAAAAUAAGAUGG